UUAGCAUGUUAGCAGUGUUGCUAAAAACAUUGAAGAGCACAGUUGUAAACAACGUCUGCGACAUUUGAUACCUGUGCCUAUGAGACGGUGUGUGAGUUAAGGGACAUAUUUGUUAUUUUAUCUCUUUGCAAACAUUUAUAAAAUAGUGUUGUAAACUUUAGCAUACGCUAGCCUGUUUUAAUAACAGUAAGUUAACGUUAAGUCAGCGUAGGGCUUGCUUAUCCAAAAUGGAUGACAGCAAGAUGAUGGGUGGAAAAAUCAAGAAACCAGGAAAGCGUGGCCGGAAGCCUGCCAAAAUCGACUUGAAGGCCAAGUUGGAGAGAAGCCGGCAGAGUGCCAGGGAGUGCCGAGCCCGGAAGAAGCUGCGCUACCAGUAUUUAGAGGAGCUGGUGUCCAGCAAGGAGCGGGCCAUCUGUGCCCUCAGAGAGGAGCUUGAAAUGUACAAGCAGUGGUGCUCAGCCAUGGACCAAGGCAAAAUCCCGUCAGAGAUCAAAGCUCUUCUUACAGGCGACGAUCAGAAGAUGCCACAGAGCUCCAGCACCAAAACGCCAAAGAACGGAAAAUACAACUCCAGCGGCAACAGCCAGAGCAAAUCGGCCUAAAACCAGAAGUCUGGAUCAUGAGCGCUUGUGAGAAAGUGUAGCCUCCUCUAUGAUGGGGGACUUGAACUGUGUAAAGGCCAAAUUAUCAGCUGCUGUUCCCUCCCAGGACACAGUCACAGUCUUUCCAGUGCAUUACUAUAUUGCCUUACAAAUCUACUCCUUUCAGCUUACAAGUGACCCCGAUAGGUACAGUCAGAAUUGGAAAUCAUGAUUACAGCAGUGGGUAACCCCAUGCUAUCAUGUUCAUCAUCACGUUUAAUUAAACCCUUGUGUUUCUGCUCUUGUACUGUAUAUGUGAGAUGCUCAGACAUACUGCAAAUUUAUAGCUUUGUUGUAACAUCAUAGGGAAAGUACUGAGCAAAUGUAAUGUUGUUCACAUCUGUUUCUGGUUUCUUAUUCUUUGAGGACUGACAUGUUUCUAAAUGUGACAAAUCUCCGGAUUAACUCUUGACCAUUUCACAUUCUUUGUUCUCAAACUCCUUUAUCCGUGCAUAUGGACUUCAUUAUUAUGGCAUUUUGGCGAAACAUAGCUCUUUGUUACAUAGUGUGGACAUAUGUAGGCCCUGUGCAAUUACUUGCGUAUUAAGAGAUAUUUGUUUUGUAAUGUGGUGGCAGUAGAGCAGAAUUAUGUUAAUUUGGUGAAAUCAUUUCUGGGCUUUCCCACCAUUUUCUUUCAUGUGAAUAUCUGUAUGUAAAUUGUUCUACGUUGAAGCAUAUUUUAUUUUUGUAAAUAUUUAUUUGUUUACCCUAAUACUAUUUACUAGGUUGAAAGUGACUUUUCAGAUCUUCUUAUCUUGUUUCCUAACCAGUGUUUUGCACUUAACACUGCCCCUGUUAUCCCCAAACAAAGAUAUCUAUUGAAGAUGUCUUUACCCUAGAAAAUCAAGUGAAAUUCUUGCUUUGGAUAAUGAUAAUGCACUUUAAGUACCACUGAGGUGGUUUGUGGGAAGCAGAGUGGCUAAUUUUGUCAGGUAUUGGAUAAAUGAAGGUUUAUAUUAUGUACAGUUUCAUUCUUAUUUAAUACUUGGAUAGCAAAUAUACAUAAAAGCACUUUGAUCUUUUAGUUGUUGCUCUGAACUCUUAAGAAUAUUAUUGUUGUUAUAAAUUGCUGUACUGUUUUUAAGUUUGGUUUGAGGACUUCUGUAGAAUUGCUUAUACGUUAUGUUAUUCCUUUCUUCAAGUUAAAUAAGGGCAACAUUUCAGUUGCAGUUUUUGCUUUAAAAGGCAUUGUGAAGACUACAAUCAUUAGUUCACCUAAUAAAUCAGUUUAUAUUUUUCAGUUCAACUCUUCAUACAUUUAGCUUUUCUAUGUAUAAUAUUGACCAUCUCAUGUAAAUGAAGUGGUUGGCAUUUUUUGAGUUACUUUGUGCUGAAAAAAGCCUUAUGUGGACAGAAUGUGAGAGACAAUGUACAGAAACAGUAUGUGGAAAUGGAGGGGGGGGGGGGGGGUCAUGGACACUUAGAAAAACGUAUUUGGAUGUAGAAAUACGGCAUCAAGCAAUUGUGGCUAAGUCAGUUGUUGUGAGAAAUUGUUUUGGUUAUGGCAAGUAUGGCUUGGAAUGAGCCCUGUGGUUCAGCUCAAGAAGGGUAAAUCAUUCCUUUCAGAACUCUCUUCUGAUUGGACACAUCAGUUCUGUUCUAUGACUCAGAUUGUUACUCAAUGCCAAUAAAGUGCAUUACAGGCAUUGUGUAAUGAUGUGCAUUUCCCAGCUUUCACAAGCGCAAAUUAUCGGCACGCCGUAUGUCUGCACAUGCUGCUUUUAGAAGUUGGCUCCCUUCUAAAAAAAACUACAAAAACCUUUUUAUCAGAUGUACACAUGUUGAACAGAGUUAAUUGUUGAUUGUAUUUUUGAUGUGUCUAUUUACUUUUAUCUGCAGAAUCGGAGAUAUUGCAUAUUUGUAUGGGCAGAGAUAUAUUUUUUAUAUAGCGGGUGGAUUUUACCUUGGUGCCGGGAGCACAAAUUGUCCAUGUUUGCGUAAUGCUGGAAACUGUUGACGUACAAAUGGAAAGCUACAACAUGGAUUUACUGACAUUAAAGAAAUAAGCUACCGAAA